AUGUUUAUUGCUACGACGAUUUUUUUGUGUUUACCGACAGUGGUAUUUGGUUUUGACUAUGUUUCACCGAGAAAAGGUUAUAAAAAUGGUGGAACCACAUUUAGAGUAAUUGGUGAUUUCGAUGGUACACCCACUGUCAAAAUUACCAGAGUAUCAGACAACCAAAACUUUAAUUUUGUAUUCAGUGGAAGGUAUGGACGUACCUAUGAUUGGAUUGCGCCCGAAGAGCCCGCCAGUUCUUUGAUUGUUGGAAAAAAAAGAAAACUCUAUGACCAUGAUGUAUUCACUUUCACCCUGACCGAGGUUAAUAAUUUCGGUAUACCAUCCAUAAACGAACCUUGGUAUUUUGUUGAACCUGCUAUAAAGAAAAUAGAUCCUCCAAAUUAUUAUAGAGUUACCAAUGGAGCUGUCCUUACUAUUUAUGGUGAUGAUUUGGUAAUGAAUGAUUUCGAUCCUACACCUGAAGUUUAUUUUGAUCGUGGUAAUCUAAAUGUAAUCAGUAAAGCAAAUGAACAAGUACGUGCUAUCAUUCCGGAUUCGCUGACUGGUGUUGGUGCCCGUGUGAUUAGACUCAGAACAAAUGGUUUGGUUGCCGAAGCACCCAUGCGAUUUCAAUAUGUCUAUCCUCAAAUCAAAAGUAUCUUUCCAAGAGCAGUGGUAAGCGAAUACUCUGGAGUUAAAGUUGAACUCACUGGUGAUCUCUACGACGACGAAAAGAAUCCAACUUCACAAGUCUUCAUCAAUAGUAUACAGUGUACCAAUGUUGCAGUUAUUAAAAAAGGAGUGUCUUGUAUUGCACCGCAACUGAAUACUCCCUUGGGUACAACCAAGCAAUAUUCCAUAUCAAUGAAUAUCCAAGGACAGGAUGCUUUAUCAACAGUGUAUUACACUGUUAUAAAUCCUAGAAUAGAUGGUUUCUCACCGAAGUAUGGUGUUUUAACUGGAAAUACUGAAUUGACAAUCACUGGUACUCACCUCGAUCAAGUUAUUCAAGUAUACAUUGGUGAUUCUGAAUGUAAAAUACAAGCACAGACUGCUACCAAUCUUGUUUGCUUUACAGCUGCCAAUAAUAACAAUGGAUAUGCUCGUCCAGUAAGUCUUUAUUUUAGUAAUGCUGUCAUUUCAACUGCAAAUGAUAAUCUGUUCACCUACUAUGUAUCGGUGGUCACCUCGAUUCGACCAUCAGCCAUUUCCAAUGGUGGAGUUUGGAAGUUGACAAUCAGUGGUUCUGGAUUCUUCAAAGACAGUAAGCUCUAUUUAGGUACUACCGAGUACAAAAAAGACGACACAUCGAAAGAUGAUGUCAUCUACUUUGAAGCCAAUGGAAAUACUUUGUCUGCACUCGCCAAUACUUUCGAUGUUCUUGUGAAUGUAAAGCCAGUGUCACCCAUUCAACUUAAAGUAUUGAUUCCAUCCAUCAAAUCAGUACUCCCGAUUCGUGGCUACCAAUUCACUUCUACACCAGUUACUAUUACCACCGAGAAUCUACCUGUUGGUAUGACCAAAGAGGAAGUUGAAUCGUUUGUACAAAUCAAGGUCAACAAUAAGAUAUGUGAAAAGAUUGCACAAACAGAUGUCAAUACUUUGACUUGUACAAUACCAGCAGGAGAUACAGCCAAAGCCGAAGUUCUCUCAUUAUUCAUAAAGAACGUUGAAUAUAAAUCUACUGUUUCUUUCACCUAUUUCAUUCCUUUAAUCACUUCUCAAGAUCAAUCAACCACAAUCUUGGUGGGUGGCGGAGAAUUAAAGAUUGUUGGUACCGAUCUUGACCAAGUUACAGGUGUUAGAGUCGAUACUCAGACUAUUGCUGGAUGUACAAUCAACGCUAUCGAGAUAAAGUGUACGAUUCCAAGACAUCUACCUGGUAAUUUCCCAGUGGUAUUACUUGUCGAUAUUGGUGGAGUGCAUGAAUUCAACACUGGUACCAACAUUGCCUAUAUUGGCCCAACGAUUACAGAGAUCAAACCAAACAAAGGAUCAAAAGAGGCAUCCAUCGAAUUAACAAUUACUGGUACUGGUUUUGGUAAUAAUGCAGAUGAUGUUACCAUUUCUUUUGGUAUCUAUACUUGUGGUUCUGUUGCAAUAGAAACUACCAAUACAAGAGUGCUAUGCACCAUUCCGAAGAUGGCAGUUGGUGAUUACACUACAUCACUACAAGUCAGACCCAACAGUAUUUCAGCAUUCGUCGAUGCUAUCGAUGUUGUUACCUACACUUCAUAUCCACUUUCUUGUCUUGGAUUACCGGUGAAUGGAGCGAAUGCACCAGUCGAUUGGUGGUUCAUCUACAGAUUGAAAGAAACUCAAGACUAUCUGUACAUUGACUCUACUACCAAUGUUCUCGAGUUGAAACAUGGCUUGAACCUAUCGCCAGAUUACAGUCCUUUGGAAGCGACAUGGGAGCAGUAUUCCAACUACUACUUUAUGACAUUCACUGAUCAGAGUGGGUCAAGAGAAAGCACGGAAGGUAAACAGGAUGUUGAAUAUAAAACAUAUGGUGAAGGUCAUGUGAAGAAUAUCGUAGUUUGGGAUGAUCCAAUUCUAAAUGUUGUCAGUGGUUAUCACAUCAUUCAUUCAAACCCUUUCUUCCCAGCCAUUAUACCUAAUGUACCGGAUAUCGAACUCUCCUCCAAAAAAGAUGGUCUACGGUUUUUGGGCGCAGGUGCUAACAACCAACAUUUCUUUUGUUACAACUUCAAUGAUUUCAACAAGGUUACAGAGUACAUAUUGAAAAACGAUGCAAGUAUUCAAAGUGUUUACUCUCCUUUUGCUGGAAUGGACACCUGGACACAAGCUCAAAAGAAUACCUAUCCUUAUUUUUACGACUUUAUCGCAGACUAUGCUGAAUAUACACCAAGAGUUUCAACCAAUGGAAUACCAACCAUGACAUCGAAAGAUUAUAGUAUUGCUUGCAAAGAACGUCUCAUGAACGGUGUAAGUACAAUGGAUAGUCUCGAGAACAUCUGUUGGUGGAAGACAGACGUAUUGAAUGUGGCAGGUCUAAAAAUGAGAUACUUCAUGAAGGCAUCGAUCCUGAAACCCAAACCAGCUGAUUUUAAAAAAGCAACAUUGACUUCCUAUUUUAUGAUACAAUCUAAAGCUUCAUAUGAUGGUCUAGACAUCUGGAAAAUCGUUGCAAAGACAUUUGGUAGAAAAAUGUUUGCAAGCACUUGGAUGGGUGGAUUCAAACCAUUCCCACCACAGGAAGAAGUGAUAAGUGUAUCCGAUCUGGAAGUUCCUCAAUACUUGGGAACAAACAAUGGAGUUUGGGAAAAUGUUGAAUACAAGUCAACCAAUGACCACAGUAAAAUUGCAUUCUCCAUGUAUCCUAAAUACGGAACAGAAGCAAGAAAUGAUAAUGAGAAUUACUUUUGUGUUGGAGAUCUCAAUAGACACUUUGGACAAGGUAAGAGAGGUGGUGGUGCGCUCUGUUUUCAGCAUCCAACAUUGGUUUAUCAAUUUAAUAGAAUGGUGCGAAGAUAUUAUGUCAUUAAGGAUAAUGGAAAAAUAUCAAAACCAAAAGAUUCAGAUUCGCCAGAACUAUUCCUCAAACUUACACUACCAAUUAAAUUAACAAGACCAAUCAACUGGGCAAAUGAUAUCUUUUUAGAGGUAAAAGAUUAUUUGUCAGUCAACCAAAUAAUUUCACAAAUUCCAAAGAAUAUCUAUACGAUCACUCAAGGUACAAUGUUGGCUGGAACUGACGUCGAACUAUGGCUCCAAUCAUUGAGAAAUGUCAACAAUGAUAAUGUUCGUCCAUAUGGAGAGAGAUCAACUGUACCAUCGGUUGGCUCAGUUAUGACAGAACCAGAUAUUAUGGGCUAUCAGAGCGUAGAUAUUUUAUCACUUCACUAUAUUGCCUAUGAUCCAUUGAUUGGUUCUAUUUGUGAAUACAGUGACACACUCACUGACUGUACUAAAGACGGCGCUAGAACUUUAGUCGUACCAAGAACAACCCCAGUUUUGACUCCAGAAAUACCACAUCUCUAUAACUAUGAGUAUGGCGAGCUCUUGCCAUUGAGAACCUUUAGUGUUAUGAACCAUGAUGAUUUUAGAUUAAUCAAAUUCACCUCAGAAUUCAAGGCUCAACUUACAGGAGCAGCAAUCGAUAUCUACAAAUAUCUUGUUGACACUACUGGUACCAUCACAGUACCACAUUUCAAUGGUCAAUUCAUUAUUCGGAAAUCGAAUGGUCUAUGUGAAGAGGAAGUAGCAUAUCUUAUGACUCUUCAAUAUAUUUAUUUCAAAGUAAAUGAUGUUACUCAAAAAACAUUCGAAAUUGACGAUGUUGCUCCAAACUGGUCAAAUGGUAUUAUUCUUGCAAUUUCAAAGAAACUUUACAAUAAUUUACGAGGAAUAACAGAUCCAAACUUUGAUUUAUGCUUCCAACCAAUUACUGGCUUUGCAAAUAUUGAAACUUAUACAGAUACUGGAACAGUUGAUAGUGCAACUAUGGUUCAAAAAUUCAGAAGAAGUGCAUCUGCUGCUUGGGAUUGGAUGAAGAGUUCGUACUCAGAUGGUGCUGGUGGUUUUACAAACAGAGCAAAUAACGAUGCUGUCAUUCCUGUGGCAACUUUGAUUGAUGCAAUUGUGGCAAUGACAAAUGAUGGUGAUGAUAUGGAUUUGAUACCAAUGGUCGACCUUCUAAAUCUAAUGGCACCACGUUACUCAAUCAAAGUUAAUAUUCAAGAUAUUCUGGUGAAUCGUUUAAUCAUUAAUCCACCUCAAAUUGAUGGCAUGGAUCUUGACAACAGUGAUGAGAUCAAUGACUCUGAUAUCCUGAUGGUUGUUCCACAAUUAUUGAAAAGUAGUUUUAUGAUCAAGUCAUCUCUUGACUCUGUUUCCUCAGAAUCAUCAUAUUCUUCUUCCUCAUCAGAAUACAGCACUGUUUCUUCCAACGAACAAACAUUCUUGUAUCAAGACGAACAUGAAAUUCUUUCUGGUAUUCAACAACUACUGCUAUCUCUCAACUCAAUCAAUGAAAGUAAAUUAAUAACUUUGACAAAUUAUCAACAACAGAAAUUGGAACUUGCUUUGGACAAAUGGAUUACUAUCUUCAACCAAAGCUCUGCCAUUCAAACAUUACUUUUGGAUCCUCUUAAUCAGUAUCAUGAUCAACCAAUUCGCUUCAUUGAAGAGUUGAACCGUGAUCAAACUGGAAACCUUAUUGAACUCGCUUAUAAGAGUCUUGGAACAACUGGAACUCAGAUUGCUAUCACUUCACCUCUCUCUAUAUCAUCAAUAACAUUCUUCCUUGAGAGUACAAUUGUGUACCAGUCAACAAAUACAGUGAAAUUCAGUGACCUUGAAGUCUUUUAUCUUUCAAAGCCAGAAAAUUAUAAUGGUCAUAUUUCAGAUGAUUAUGAUGGAAUGAUUAUUGCCACUUUAAACUCACAGUUAUGCGACAUCAAGAUGAUAAGUGAAUCAGACUAUCUAUCAAAUAACUUUGAUUCGAUCUGUUCGAACUCCGGUCCAAUCAUUACAUCAGUCGAUCAACUAUCUGGAUCGACUUCUGGAAAUUAUUUUAUAACUCUCAGCGGUAUAAGAUUCAACUCAUCAAUGACCAUCUUUAUUGGAGACAAUGAAUGUUCACAAACCAAUUUGAUAUCAUCCACUCAGAUUUCAUGUUUGGUUCCACCAGGUACUGGAUCAAUCAACGAGAUACAAUUAACAACCUCUCAAACAAUUUUCAACCUCCAAAGAACCAAGUUUUUGUUUUCUUAUGGAAAACCUAUCAUCAACAAUAUUGAACCAGAUGUGGUUAAUAGUUUUGGAAGUGAUUUGAUGACCAUAUCUGGAAUAAACUUUGGAAAUGACUCAUCGGUUGUAACGAUCUUGUUUGAUGGAAGACUUUCAUGCUCCCCAAUUGUUUCAGUCAGUUCAGAAUCAAUCAUUUGUUUGACACCUCCUGCUGUUGGUCUUUAUAGAUCUGUAACCGUCACCAUCAACGAUCAAUCCACCAAAUGGAAUAUCGAAUCUAUUGACUCUCAAUCAUUUAGCUUCAGUGGUCCAAAGAUUGAUUCAAUUUUCCCGUCAUCUGGAGACCCAACCGAUUCAAUGAUCAUUUUUGGUGAUGGAAUCGGUAUAAUGGAAGAAGGUGAUCUACCACCUUUACUAUAUAUAGAUGAUAAUCUUAUUGAAAUUACCAAUAUGACCGAUGAAAUGAUAGAGUUUGCAUUGGAAUACGAUACUCUUACGCAACCAGUACGAAUUCAAAUUGGUGAUCAAAUAUCUGAUGCUUCGGAUGUCACUUACUUGUCUGCAUUGGUAACAGUUUUCAACGAGACUCUAAUUCAAACCAAAGGUGGUUUAAUUCAAAUGUACGGAUAUGGUUAUGGUAUCUAUCAAAGCGAAGUUGAAUUCAAACUCAAUGAAAUCACAGAGAUUGAAUGUAGUCCAUUUGAUUUAUUCAUAGAAUGUUACAUACCACCAGGAAUUGGAAAGAAUCUAACGAUUUCAGCAUCUAUAUCCGACCAAUUGGUAGAUUUCAAUAAUAUCAGUAACUUCAUAUCAUAUUAUCCACCUACGAUCUCUUCCUAUUCAAUCGAUGCCUCCAUCACACUAUUGAAAGUAACAGGUACAAACUUUGUCCCAACAGAAUAUGGUGUAACAUUUAACUCUACAACAUCAUAUAUCAAUAUGAUUUACAAUAAUAACAAUCAAACAUGUUCAUCAUUUAUAUCGAGUACAGCAAUUGAAUGCUCGAUUACAUCCAAACCACAAUCUAUCCAGGUCAUUGUCGAAGGUCAAUAUUCAAAUAUUUUAACUAUGCAAUAA